UUUUAAUUAUUUUUGUUUGUUGUUGUUUACAGGAUAUGUUUGUAUGGAAGACCUCAUCAGAUAUAUUACACUCAAUGCCAAAGACUGGAGGUAGCAUUGGACCCAUUGAUACUGGAACCAUUAAAAGAGCAUUCACUGAUAGUAUUAAAGGAAUGAGAAGGAAAGUGAAGAGAACUAUAUCAAAUCGUUCCAACAGAAGACCAUUCACACCAUUGAGUAAAAAUGUUGAUCAGUUAGACACAAUGGAUGAAUCAUUUACUGAUCUUGAUUCUACUCUCAAUACUUGUACACUAUCAGUAGCUCCUCCUUUUCCUCCUACUCCAAUGAGAGCUCCUCCCACUAAAAGACAAGCAUUAGGAUAUGGACAUUCAUUUAGUUCAAUGGAUCUCACUAAAUUAGGAUCCACUGGUACACUCUGAUACUGAACAUGUGCAUCUUAA